CUAUCGGUACUGUGCAGUUGUUUGAGUCAAAAAGAAAGGAGUGAGUAGCACUGUAUAUCUCAAGUUGGAAGCCCAAGAACUUCCGUCCAUGUGUGCUAUGACUAUCCCAUUAGAUUCGCAAACUCACACGUUGCACAAUCUUUCCUCUGCGUAUUUCAUCUCCUUCAUUCAUUCGUUCGCUCAUUUUCAUUAUUCGUUUCUUUCUUUCUUUUACAUUCAAUGGCUGUUAAGUCUUUUGCUUUUCCUUCAGCUACUAAAUCACCACCCACACAUCGCUUUCUACAUUCCACUACUUCUCCUUCAUUUCCUCGACAAUCGCAAUCACAAUCUUUGUCCUUGUCUCGCAAGCCCCUUAACAAUCUGAAUAAUGUGUUUUUCAUAAGCCACUACACUCUUUUUUCUUUCUACCAUCAUCGUGGUCUUGCUCCCCUUCCCGCUCUUGACUCCGACGACCCUCAUCCUCUUCACCAGGGAUCUGCUAAUUUUAGGAGCAAUAAGAGCUUUGAGCUGUGGAAUUCAUGGACAGCCAAGUUCUCAGGAGCUGCAAACAUCCCGUUUACGGUGUUGCAAAUGCCUCAAAUCAUCCUUAAUGCUCAGAAUCUACUAGCAGGAAAUAAAACUGCUCUUUUGGCAGUUCCAUGGCUGGGCAUGCUUACUGGUUUGCUGGGGAAUCUUUCACUUCUUUCAUACUUUGCAAAGAAGAGGGAGAAAGAGGCUAUUGUGGUCCAGACAUUGGGAGUUGUUUCAAUAUAUGUGGUCAUUGCACAGCUUGCAAUGGGAGAAGCAAUGCCUCUGCCACACUUUGUGAUUACUUCAGUCGUUGUGGCCAAUGGUCUUGUUUUAAACUUCCUCAGUUACUUUGGUAUGCUCAAUGCUGAAAUCUGGAGAUUUUGGGAAGAUUUUAUCACUGUUGGUGGGAUAACAGUCCUCCCUCAAUUGAUGUGGUCUACAUUUGUACCAUAUGUACCAAGCAGUAUUAUUCCUGGGGUGAUAGCUUUUGCUGUAGGCAUGGCAGCUGUAGUUAUGGCAAGAAUGGCCAAACUUCCAGAGAAAGGCGUCAAAUUAGUUGGAGCACUAUCUGGAUGGACUGCAACCCUUCUCUUCAUGUGGAUGCCUUUUUCACAAAUGUGGACAAAUUUCCUUUACCCCGAUAACAUCAAAGGCUUGUCAGCAUUCUCAAUGUUGCUUGGUAUGAUUGGAAAUGCGCUUAUGAUCCCACGUGCACUCUUUAUUCGCGAUUUAAUGUGGUUCACUGGUGCAACUUGGGCAUCCCUAUUUUAUGGCUAUGGAAAUAUUGCCUGCCUGUACUGCUUCAAUGUUAUCAGCAGUGAAUUCUUUUUGGCAGCAACAAUUGGUUUAUUUUCAUGGAUAGGUAUGGCUCUUUGGAAGGACAGUGUAGUAUAUGGAUACAACUCACCUAUGAGAUCUUUGAAAGAGUUGGUUUUUGGACAUUAAGUGAAGCACAAAAAAUUGCCAACAUGAGGCUCAAAUGAUAUACAAGUGAUGGGGUUACCUGAUCUUAAGCAUGGAAUGUAGAAUUACUCUCAUCCUUUGAAAUGCAGUUCAUGGGUAAAUAUGGAGGCCAAAAAACAUGAACCGUGGUCCUUUCAGUUAGAAAUCUUAAUGGAAGGUAAUUGCCAUCUUUUAUUAUUUUUUUUUUCACAGGAGAAAGCUUAGAAUAAUCCGUUGUCACUAUUAAGGCAAUAAAAUAAGCGGUGGACUAUAGCCUUACGAUGGUGUUAUAUGGCAGACGAAAGUUAUAUGCAAUGUAGCUUAAAUUUCGUAAUAAAGAAUGUGUUUGGCAGUUUGAGUAA